AUGUCUUCGGCCUUCUCAUCUCGUCAAGACGCUCCUUCACGGACAUGGUGGUCUUUAUCCAAACCCUCGGAAAAAGACCUUCGCCAGACCUAUUCAUCCGACAAACCAUCUAAAUCGUCCUCCGGGUUCUCUUUUGCUUCAGUCAUAGGCUUCAAAUCGAAAAAACACCCUCCUUCUCUCGCAAUCCAACACCCUCAUUUACAAGGCCCACCCGCCCUUUCGCCUUCCCUCACAGUCGAUACUCCUGACCCACCCACCAAGUUCUUGAAUCGGCUUCCUUCCAAGUCUGUUUCAUCUACUCGUUCAAGGGAUGACUCCAUCGCCCCCAGAACGCCAAGCGAUAUUCAACGGGAUGGUCGCCAGUCUCUCCUAACCCUCUCCGAUUUAGACCCAUUCGCAGGACGCACCAUGGUGUCUCUUGGGAGCGUGCACACUAUAUCGGAUCCGAAUCACCUCUCUGUUUACUCCAACACCUCCGUUUCGGAAUUCGUCCAAAAACAUCUCAACGCUACGCAAAUGCCAAAGCAAGACAGGGUGUCGUAUGCUUCAUCCUCUUCGAAUUCUCAAUAUUUAUCCAAUGACGCUUCACCAACAUCCCUCUCUCCCUUAGUGGUAGACGGUGACUUACAAAAGAAGUUAAGCACUAAGACUUCAUGCGUCAGCUUGCAUCGGAAGGCUUUAUUUGUGGCUCCAGAAGGUCAUGACGAUCCGAAGACUGAGCUUCUCCCGUCGAAUUCUCCCAUGGGCAAGAAACAGCUUACCUCAUCCCCACGUUCUGUGAUGCGAGCAAGAGGUAAUACCAGUGAUGGCAGCGGACAAAGAGCUGGAUUUUUCGUCGGGACGAACCCUUCUCAGCCAAGGCCUUCAGGGUCUGGGUCGGCGUCAUCGCGGAGACCUUCAUCUGCAUCUCAGCAGCGGCCUGCUUCUGCUCCGCGACCAUCAUCUGCAUCAAGAAGGGCGUCUACCUCUCGUCCUUCCUCCACCUCUAGGCCCUCAUCUUCUCAAAAGAGAUCCUCUUCCUCUCAACCUGCGCCACUCCCCACUUCACCUCGUGUGGUGAUACGACAAUCAUCCACCUCGCACAUAUCCCUCCCUCCCAGUGCGCCACCGACGCACGAACUGCCUGCUACCCCAGCGGUAGUAGUCGAUGAAGAGUCGCGAUCAGAUUUUUCUGGAUUCCUACCUUGUGCUGAGUCCGCUUCGUCUUCGACCCUUUCCUUCGCUUCAUCCCUAUCUUCGACGAGAGAGACUUUGACCCAGCAACACCCUCGUUCAAAGUCAACAAGGGCGUCAGAACGCGACCUUUUUUUUCAAAAUCCAAAGGAGGGCGAUCCCGACAGUGCAUCUCUACACUCCAUCUCUCGGGUUACGCAAACACUGAAUACUUCGACCCGCACCUUAAGGGAAGUAAUUUCUCACCAGUCCCUCCGCCGGCGUGCACAACCUUCCCCUUCAACGGAGUCGCAUCCUGCUUUUGACACGACUAAUGAGAAGGUUCCCCGGAAACGACGAUCUUUUCACCAUCCCCGUUUACCCAUGCCACCCAUACCUUUACCACUUCGUCAUGCGAGUUCGUACAAUUCGUCAAUGUCAUCACCAACGGCUGAUACAAGUCCAAUGACUUCGGAACAAGGAAGAGGAAAUGCGAGCAGUUCUUCUGGCGGAAGGAAACGCCUAUUUUCCAGUAAUCGCAGACCCUCUACUUCCCAAUGCUUCCCUUCUGAGGACGAUACACAAUCAAUUUUUAGCGUACGCUCCGAUCAAGAGACUUCCACUGGCACCUCCUUCUUCAAGCCUUGGAUGGCAGCUCGAGCUUCAUCGCAGUCAUCGUUUUGGGAGGAAGGUGCCUCUGAUGUCGCUACUAGUUUUCUCCGUGCGGAGUACACCCCUCAGCACAUAAUGUCUCCAGCUGAAAUAGCCGAAGUCGAAGCAAGCGUCGAAAAUACACCUAGUUUAUAUACACGGCAGCGUGGCUUCUCUCUUCUUUCGGCUACAUCUGACGCAGACCACAACGACACUCCCUCUGGUCUUUCGCCUCCACCCCCAAUGAGACUCAAGGCGAAGCAAAGCGAUCAUCGAACUCGAAACAAGCCAAUCACUGCAAAGUCAUCGGCGCCUCCCAGACACGAUUAUCGCCCCUCGACCACUCACCCUGUCAUUUCCCCCCUGUCAGUUUCAUCUGAUGAAGACGAGGAGCCUAUUUAUCGACCUUCAUCGUCUCCUCCUCCUUCCAUGACCAGUCUUCCGCCACCUCCUCGACCACGACGGAGAGGAACAUUGGUAUCGCAGCCAGAUUUGUCUGUUAACUCUCCCUCUCUCCCUCCACCGGCGCGGAAAGGCCUGAUGCGUAGUAAUACGUCAGUGGAGAAGACGAUACAUCGCCGCUCUAUCAUGAGGAAGCCAUCGUUUCUCGAAAUUGAUGAUGACACGGACAAAGAUACCGACGUCGAGAUUACUGAUGCUUCGGUCAGUGGUAGCUUCCUCGAUUUGGCGAGGGAAUCGUUUGAUACUGUUCGUAGCGGCGACUGA